CAGCAUUAAUACAGCACAUCAUGAUAGCAGGUUAAAUAUAGACAUGGAUUACAGAGUCAUUGUUUUCACUCCUGCUAAAUAAGACAGUGCACUUAAAAUGGAAUGCCACUUGACCUUUUGUGCCUCAUCAGUCUGUGACUGUAUUUAACUGAUGCAGGGAGGAAACAUUUUCCCCUGGAACUGUCCCCGGUUGAUAUGAGGAUCGCUACUGCUGGGUCACGCCAUGCACCAGAGGCAGAAGCCCAGCGCUCCAGAACACAGGAGCGAUCCUGCAGCCGAUGGAGGAGCUCUGUCCAUGUCUCACAAUGACUCACGCUCUCUUCUCAACCUCUCUCAGCUUGUGCUCUCUGCUGGCCAAAUCAAACCAUCGCCAGCACUCAAACAUUCAAAAAUCACGUACUUUGAAGUAGAAAUUCUUGAUGUGCAAAGCAAGAAGCAGAUCUGCAUUGUGGACAAGGUACCUCCAGCAUCUACCGUUCUUGACGUGAAACACAAAUUUCACAAAGCAUGUCCCCAGUGGUACCCUUCUCGUGUUGGCCUGCAACUAGAACGCAACGGGCCCUUUUUGAAAGAUUCAAUUAACAUUCAAAGUCUUGCUGUUUCCUCCAUCAUUACACUGUAUUUUACAGACCUGGGUCAGCAGGUUGGUUGGACCACAUUUUUUCUAACAGAAUACACCGGACCUCUUCUAAUAUAUUUGCUCUUUUAUAUUCGCCUCUCAACUAUUUAUGAUCAAGUGGAAAGCAGGAAGAACUUCCGCCACCCAGUGGUUCACUUGGCCUGCUUCUGUCACUGUUUACACUACAUCAGACAUCUUCUGGAGACAUUAUUUGUUCACAAGUUUUCGGAAGGGCACACUCCUCUGAAAAAUAUGAUAAAGGGUUGUGCCUUUUACUGGGGAUUCACCUCCUGGAUCGCCUACUACAUCAACCACCCACGGUAUACGCCACCAUCAUUUGGCCACAGACAAGUUUCUUAUGCUGCCCUUGCUUUUCUGAUGUGUGAAGCUGGAAAUCACUUUAUCAACGUAGCUUUAGCUCACCAAACUAACUCAGGAAAUAAAACCUGUUUUCCAAGUCCAACUUACAACCCCUUCACAUGGCUCUUCCUGCUGGUAUCCUGUCCCAACUAUACAUAUGAGGCUGGGUCUUGGAUUAGUUUCACAGUGAUGACACAAACUCUGCCAGAAACAGGCAUGGAAAGAAGACACAUGAUCUUUUUCUUUAAAUCUUUUUCAUUGGUAGUUGGCAUUUUUGCUUUCCUGAUGGUCAUCCAGAUGUCUCUCUGGGCCCAAAAGAAACACAAGCUGUAUCUGAAGAGAUUUUAUCCAGAAGUGCGGAGAAAAUCAGCUAUGAUUCCCAUCAUCUUCUGAGAUCUUCAUAAGAGUUGGAGCCGAAGUGUACAGUUCAAGAGCCAACUCAGAGCCAUUUCGUUGAGUAACCAAAUGGAUCAGAGGAAGAACUACUGGAUAUCUUUUUCAGAAAAUUAACAGUUCAAGAAGAAAAGCUUUUAAUUAAGUGCAAAAAUACAGCUCUUGAAUUCUUGGUUCCUGCUAAAAGAUAUGAUUUAAUUAGAUUUUCUGUAAUGGAGCUAAUUGGAAAGGGACAAGAAAACUGCUUACAUUGAAUGUUAGAUAUUUAGCUGGUGUAAGUGGGCACAGAUGCUGUUGCAAUUAAUGAACACGACUCAUCUGCAUGCAUUCGGGUCUGGUAAUUUUAAGGUUCAGAGUUAAAUGUUGACAAGAGUCUUGAAUUUUUGCAUCAGAAGAUGUUUCACAGCCUUAUUUCUAUUAAACUGCACAAAACCAGCACAUUCUGCCUCAGCUCCUCUAAACCGUCACAUCAAAGGAUGACCACUUUGCUGUGAACACCAUUUAGUCUAGCUUCACAAGGUUUUUCUUUCUUUUUUCUUUUUUUUAAAAAUCAAAUUUCAUAUCAAAUUGUUCAAUCCAAAUUGGCUUAAAUUGAUCACUGCAAAGAGGUCUAGCUUUCUUUUAUUUUCAGAUAGGCAGAUCAUCUCCACAAUUUCAGAAGGGGACUAUUUGUGAGGUGCUUCCCAUUUCGCUACUAAUUUGAGACAUGACCUUGGGUACAUCACUUAAGUCUGUCUCCGUUUCCUAUUGAACAGUCUGGAAAUAGCAGAAGACUUUUUGAUCUAAAAAGCAUGUUAAGAUCUCCUUGUUCAGUGGCUGACUGCAUCCAGACACCAUUCACCUUACUUGUAUUAGGCACUGUGAAAUCCGUGGGCACAAGGUGAACCAGAGUACAGCUUGUUAUCCAAAAAGGAAAGAGAUCCUGCCAAAUGCAUUUCUGUCCAUAUUUGAACUGCCUCAGAUGGACACUGCUGAAAGGCUUCAGCUCUCCUUCAGUUUGGUCAGGCUCUAUCUGCUACUUUGCUUUCCAGGACAUUUUUCUAAGGGAUUCUCUAGGCUUGUAUUCAAGUCCUGAAAACACUAUGUAGCUCCAUUUGCAAAUCAGUGGCAUCCAUGUCAUGCAGAAGCACAGAGCAGAAAAACCAGAGCUGCUUCAGCAGGUAUUAAGAUACGGAGAGUUAGGGCAUUAAGUCCUGUUUUUAUUAAGUCCUGUUUUCAUUCUAUUUCUGCUGCACAUUUUUCAAUGUCUUUUGGCUCUCUUAGGCUGGUAAAAAAGCUUGCCUGAAGAACUUUAUAAUUAGAGAAACACCAUAGAAUACACAGGCAAGGAAGGCAGUUUGUCUCCUAAAGGCACCAUUAUCUUUGCACCAGCUUAAGUGUUCUAACAAAGUUAAUUUGCCCAGUAAAUUGGGUUCAUAUCCCUCUUCUAAUGUCUAACUUGCAACACUUAUCCUAUUAGCCACUGUAACUCAAUUUCAUCUUUGUAAUGUAAAUAGAUCACUUUCCAUAUUUUUAAACUUGUAAUCUGUGAACACCUAAAAUUUUUAUUCCUCUCAACAGAAAAACCCUAAUCAAAGUGAAUAUCCACUUCUCUAACCCAGACUGCUAAUAAAGAUCUAUUUUUGAAAAAUUAUUUUCUGUACUCCAUGAUUGCAUACCUAGCAAUAUUUUUAAACUUUUUUUUUUUUUUUCCAGACAGUUAAAUGCAUGAG